AUGGACGCGGAAAAGCAUGCGAAAGUGAUGAAUGCGUCUGCAAUCAUAAUCUCCGUAAUAGGAGUCGCAUCCUCUGGUUUCACAUGUCUCAUGAACAUUUUCCUGCUGAAAAAAGUCGGCAAUCAGAAAAAAGAGCUGGUGUUGUUCAACUUCCGUUUUAUAUUAGACGUGAUGUUUGGUGCAAUGGUGACUAUUUAUUUGACAUUCGUCGUUGUUUUUGCUGUUUUUCAUGAGGAACUUGCGCCUUUGCAAAACUUUUUUUUCUAUCUUGGCCUGCCGAGUUCCAAUUUGGAGACUGCCAGGUCGAUUAUUUCACUGGCAAUUGCGGUGGAGAGGGUGGUGGCCGCCUAUAUUCCCAUAUACUUUUACAAGUAUCGUCCUAUAUUUCCAACAUUUAUCAUUUUCAUUUUGUCUAUUUGCAUUGGGCUCAACGAAGACGUUUUUCUAUUUGUGUUUUGCGAAUUUUCUCUCCAAAUUCGACCAAACUGUGCCGCUUUUGGCUGUUCUAUCAACGCAUGUUUCUUGAAAUUUUGGACAUCUUAUAAAGCAAUAAUGUUUGCUCUAAAUAUAUUCUUCAACAUGCUACUUGGUCUCAAACUAUUCGUACUCAACAAGUUUGGCAAUAGCGAGAGUAAGGACUUGUCAAGGGCAAAUUGUCUAGCUCUUAUUAAUGCUGGAAAUGUGUGCUUAUUCGAAUUUUUCCCAAACAUGUUUGCAAUUCACUUUUCCAGUAUUUCAUUUUUCAGUUUCCAGAACAUUGGCCCUUACAUAGUUGUUGCAAAGCUUCUUGGCUGUGCUAUUGAAGCAGUUCUGGUAUCUCGAACACUCAUCAAAAAGAACGGGAAGCUUAACUCAAUAUCGAGCCGUUCCGGGGCAGGCGUGCUGGAACAUCGCCUGCUCUAUCUUGACUAG